AUGGGGGUCCGUACCCUCCGUGGCUCCAUACUGGAGGACUCUCUGCCCCCCCACAUCCGCCCCCCCGGCUCCAGAGCUGGGAUCCCCCCCCGGCGCCUCCUGGAGCUGCUGUUACCUGGGGGGGGGGCUCAGGCGCUUCGUUUGGCCGACCCCUCCCCCGCCGUGCCCGACACGCUGCUCAAGGUGGACGAGCAAGGGGUGUGCUCACAGCGCAAGGUGGGGUUGCUGUACUGCCGGGGGGGGCAGAGCUCGGAGGAGGAGAUGUACAACAACGAGAGCGCGGGGCCCCCGUUCAUCGAGUUCAUGGCGCUGCUGGGGACCAGAGUCAGGCUCAGGGGGUUCAGGACAGGCCAACCUACAGGGCACAGCUGGACACCAAAGUGA